ACAUCCAUCAUGCUUUCAUGGACAGCACCACAAGGAAUCAGUGAUUCAUACAAGAUUAAAAUACUGAAUAAUAGAAAUAAUUUUUCAACAGCAGAAACCUUUUUCAAUGUAACUGAAAUGUUACCUGGGACUAGUUAUAAUUUCAGUAUUGCUGUGGUUGCUGCUGAUGGUAACACUGUAGGAGAUCCAGUUUUCAUCACAAAAUGUACAAAUGCUGCAGAGGUUAUAAAUGCAGCUUGUUUUGGACCAGAUUAUAAUUCAGUUCUUAAUAUUACGUGGAAACCUCCAAAUGGAUCAUAUUUAGGAAUAUAUAUAAACAAUCACAGCUUUUACUCUCCUGAUGUAUUUUAUGUCAUUGAAGGAUUAAAGUAUUUCACCAACUACACAAUUACUUUAAUAACUGCUGGAUGCGGUGGUAAUAGUACUCCUGUGGUGCUAAACUGCCAAACAGGAGUCACAGGUCCACCAGAUCUGUCAAAUAUUUAUUUUGCGUUCAAUAAAGCAUUGAGAACUUCUCAGACUGUUGUGUUCACAUUCAGUCCCUUUAGUAGCUCAGAUUGUCCAGUACUGUACUAUGCAGUGAUCGUCACUUCAAACACAGCCAAUGAAACUCCUGAUCAAUCUGUUCUUGGCAAAACCUAUAAUGAUUACACUAAUGGCCAGACUGACACUUACGUAGCAACUAUAAUUGAUGCCACAAGUGUAAAUUUUGUGAGAAUUGGAGAAUUGUCUGUAAUCGUAGGAGAUGGAAAAUCAUACAAAGCCUACCUAAAUGGAGUGCUGAAUUCUGCAAAAUCAUACAAGAUUGCAGUUGCAGCAUUUACCAAACUGAACUUUGGCCUGGAAAGUAGAGUGUCUACAGGAUCUCAGCUAAUUAAUAUUGUGGAUUCUAUAUUUUCAAUCACCAAAUUUUCUGAACCAGUCAAUUCAAAUAUCAUUUAUGAUAAUUCAGCUUUUGUUGGAGGAGUUAUUGGAGGGAUAUCGGUGGCACUCAUUGUUCUAAUCUUGGCUACAGUGGCUUUUUUCAUCUACAGUAAAAGGAAAAACAGAAGCCAGCCUCCACUUAAUGUUGAUGUCAUCAAUGAUCCUCUCAGCAGAAUCAAGACAAACAUGCCUGUUAAAGUUGAAAAUUAUGGAGACUACUACCACAAGCAUUGUGCAGAUCAAAAUUAUGGUUUUAAACUACAGUUUGAGAGUUUUGAAACUGUUGGAACCACUCAGCCCAAGACUGCAGCAUUAUGCCCGGAAAAUCAUGGGAAAAAUCGUUACAGGAAUAUAUUGCCAUAUGAUGAGUUUCGAGUCAAGCUAUCAACUGAAGGUAACGUGAGUGAGGACUACAUCAAUGCCAGCUAUUUACCAGGCUAUAACUCAAAGAAAGAGUUCAUUGGUACUCAGGGCCCCCUGCCAAACACCGUGAAGGACUUCUGGAGGAUGAUCUGGGAGCAGAAUGUGGAGACACUCGUCAUGCUGACACAGUGCAAAGAAAAAGGAAGAGUGAAGUCUGAAAAAUACUGGCCUUCAGAAAUCUCCGAGACUCAUGGAAAUAUACGGGUAUCUCUGAUUUGGGAGACUCCUGCUGAAGAGUGGACGAUCAGAGAAUUAGGGUUGGAAAAUCUGGAAAAUGGUAACAUGCACAAAAUAAGGCAUUUCCACUUCACUGCCUGGCCAGACCAUGGGGUGCCCGAAAACACAAACUUGUUAAUUUGGUUCAGGAAUCUCGUAAGACAACAUGUAGAUCAGACCACGAGGACCUCGCCGACAGUAGUUCAUUGCAGUGCUGGAGUUGGGCGAACAGGAACUUUAAUAGCUCUGGACCACCUUAUCCAUCAGAUAGAACGGAACAACACAGUGGAUAUUUAUGGAAUAGUCUAUGAGCUUCGGAUGCACAGACCACUGAUGUUGAAAUCUGAGGACCAGUAUGUAUUCCUGCAUCAGUGUGCCAUGGACGUCAUCCAAUCACAACCAAAUUCUGAAACAUUUUGGAUGCAUCAGAAUAUUGGAACAAUGGAAAUCUAUGAGAACAUUGCAUCAGGAAAAGGCUGAGCAGACAUCUCUCAAUAUUUGUGAAGUGAAGUUUAUCAUCAUUUACAAAGCCUAACUGUUUCCAGUUGUAUUCUAAGGAAAAACCAGAGGCUGCUGGUAUAUACAAAGGUCACAUGUUUCCCUUGGAUAUUUUAGUUCACCAGAAUUCAGCUGUGGAGACCAAAGGAAAGCUAAACAGAUUAUGAAAUAAAUAAACCAGUCAUUGAGGCAGAUCUAUAAUUUAUUAACACGUGAUUGCUUCAAAUAAUUUUGAACAUGUAGAUUAUGAAGAAAUAGAUUAAUAUAUUAUUGUUUAUCCUGCUACCAUACUUUAAAUUCAGUUUACAUGCACACUGUACAAUGUUCUUAGUUGUGUUACUCUUAAAGAGUUGCGACAGUAGAACAAACAAAAAAGACAAAGAAUACAAUGGCACACAUAGAGCACCACAGGCAUAUAUGGAAUAUCCAUACAAGAACAAUCACGCAUUUGUCAGUGUGAGUCGCUCGGGGAUUGUUAUGUUUAGUGUUGAACAGAGAAAUUCACCAACGUGUUUAUCAUAUCGAAUUUGUUUAGCUUGCCCGGUGACUUUGUUUGCUGUAUAUUACCCAGUGUAGCCAGCUUAGAUAAAUAUUUUUUUCCCAGAGUACAAUGAUGUUUUGCGAGGCCAGAGUGAACCUCACAGAGCUGUAGCAGCCACUUUUGGAUUGAACGGCCCUCCUGAGUAUAUAACACUGAUCUUAGUAGUGGGCUAAAAAUCAGAAGAAAACUGAAACACCACACGCACACACACAAGAGAACAGGAAACACACCGAUGUUAUUGUUUCUGAAAGAAAUCUCUUUGUGUAUGGAGUCCAAGUGACUAGUGUGCAAUACGUGAGUCUACUCCUUUAUUAGUAUUACCCAAACUGCUGGGCAGUUCAUGUAAAUGGUAUACAGUAAGUGGAGAAGAAACAUGGUGCUUUAGUGUUGUGCUUAUUUGGUAGUAGUGGCAGUAACUGAGCAAAGGCUGUAGGGAACGAGGAGGUUUCAGUUCAAAGGAGGUGAAUACCUGCUAUUGAAUCUAUGUGGCCAAGCGUCAGUGAAUUCACACUUCCUGCUGCUGUUGCACUGCAGGAAAUUUGUCUGUUCUGUUAUUUAAUUGGAUCAAUUCUAUCUCAGGGAUGAAUGGUGGGUGGUGUUUGGCACUGCUGCCUCACAGCUCAGGUCAUUUUUGUGCCACAAUAAUUGGUCCAGCACUGUUGGCAGAUGCUUCUCUUAACCUUAGGGACACUUUAAAGGCCAUUGGACCAUUAAAAUUAAUUCAGAACUAGUUCAGUUUCUCUUUCCGUACUGACUUCAUUGAGUUCACAGAAGCUCCUGAACUCGAGGCAAAGUAAAUUCAGCCUGGUUUGCUCAUCACUGAAUAGGAUGUGUUGAAAGGGAAAAAUAUAUAUUUCUACUCAGAUAGUUUUUUUCUCAGCUUUUUAAUGAAAUGUUGAAGGUUGUGGGAAUUUGGUGAUUCAGCUGUUAUUAAUACCUGUGUCACAAUAUUUGAUUUUUUUAUAAGUUCUCCUUAUUUAGACCUUGCUUUUUGGGUUUUAGAGGUGAAGGAAUUUUGUCGUCACAUCAGUUGUUAUGCUUGAUAUGUUUAAAUGAUGUUGAAAAUAAAGUAAAGAUUUCUGUGACACCAUUUUGGUUUUCUUAUGGGCGCCAUCAUUUUGAGGAGCUUUUGUCAAUGCAGUGGCGAGGUGGAGUCAACCAAAAGUGUACAACAUGCGACAUGUCUGCGCCAAGGGUAUAAAGGUGGUGUUGUGCACUUUCUAGCUGUCCUUGAUUUGGUUCACCUCAAACUUUAAAGCUAUUUAUUUGAUGUUUUGUAAAAUUAAUUAAUUAACAAGUUUUGGCUCUAUUUUUUGACUAGUAUUUAAGAUUAACAUAUUUGGAUGUUUACAUGUGUGGUUGUUGGUUUUUGAAUUUUGGUCUUCCUGCCGUGACUAUUUGUUUUUUGACUUUCCAGUUACGACUUUCUGCUUGUUACUUUAGUUACGAUUAAUCUCGCGAUUAUUUUUACAACUAAAUGCAGUCAGCAUAAUCUACUAUUUAGAAUUUGUUUACAACAAAGUAACUUUUCAUCUUCAUAACAUUUAGUUUUUUUUGGCAUUUUUGCUUCCAUUGUUAGGAUGUGAUGGUCAGCUGCUAAGGGUUUGUUCCCAGGUGUUGCGCAAUGGAAGGCCAUGCAUGCAAUGCUUUAAAAGGCAAAAUUGUUGAUAGUCCUUAAAACAACCUUUCAGAAAGUUCUUGUUAAAAAUUCUUGGCUUUCAGACAUCUAGCUUAGUUAUUGUUGGUAUGGCGGGUGGUGGAAUGUACAGUUUGUGUUAUUAUGUGUGUUUUUUUAUUUUUUAGAACUGAGAUUUAUAUCAAUUUUUAGGAAUUUCUGCAAAUUAGAAUUCUGUUUUCAUUUGUGCCGAUCUUUGUUUCUGUGACACAGGAGAUGAGUCACAUGACCACAACCAUCACACACCUCACGUCACAGGUAGUGAAGGUAUAGAGAUGGCUGCAUUUCCAUGUUUUAGUAUCCCUUGGUUGGAUAAACAAGAGUUUAGAGUAGCUAGUUUCUAAACAGGUAGGCCAAGCUCUAGGUCUCAUUUUGCUUUCCUUGACUUUCGAUUCUCCAGUUCACCGUUGUGUCUUGUUUGAUUGUUCUCUCUGAUUAUUCUGACUUUGACAAAUUUUCUCUCCUUCAAUACAUUUAGUCAAAUUUUGCUGUUUCUAGUAAUCUAUUCUAUUCUACCAAUGAUACCUGGAGACAAACGUCUCUUUACAUUCAUGAUUUGUGUUUCGUUUGAAUUUUUCUUGGGUUUUCCUGAGGCUAGAAAAUGUAUCUUGGUGUAAUUUUAGGGAUUUUAAUGCCCCAAUUAUGUAGUCAGGAUUGUAUUUAGAUGAUCUGUUUUGAAUUUGAUUAUUUUGACCCUUUUUUGGUUUGAUGAUGGCUGCCACUAUUUUAUGGCUUUUGCGUUGCCCGUUUCCAUGCACGGGUAUAAAGAUUCCAAACAAACAGUCACUUGUACUUGAGAUUUGACCAAAUGUAGCAACUUAUUUUCUUUGAUACGCUCAUUACUGGUUAUUAAAACAAAGCUCUG